AUGUCUGCGGCAUCGAGCGUAUCUGAGCCCGUUCCCGGGACCAAGGAGGUUGACACUGAGGCCAAGACCGGAACGGAAACCCCUGCUUCCAAGACCGGGGCCGGCUCGACGGACGAGGUCGACCUCCGCCUUGGCAAAAGUGAUGGCGGCGUAUAUGCAGUCGGCGGAUCGUUGGCAUCAUAUGAACCUAUUGCGAAAUAUGAGGGCAAGCACCGUUACGAUCCAAAGAUUGAGUGGACAGCGGCCGAAGAGAAAAGGCUGAUACGACGGCUGGACUACAAGAUCUGUGCAUGGGUUUGUCUCAUGUUCUUCGCCCUUCAGCUCGAUCGAGGCAAUAUUUCGCAGGCCUUGUCAGACAACAUGCUGAAGGAUCUUGGAAUGACAACCAACAAUUACAAUUACGGACAGACGAUCUUUUACAUCUCCUUCCUUUGUGCCGAGCUACCAUCGCAGAUGAUUUCCAAGAAACUCGGCCCGGAUGUUUGGAUUCCGAUCCAAAUGGUGUCUUGGAGCAUCGUGGCCUGCUGCCAAUCUCGCCUGACUGGAAAGUCUACAUUCUAUCUGACACGUUCUCUACUCGGAUUGAUUGAAGGUGGCUUCAUCCCAGAUGUCAUCCUAUAUCUCAGCUAUUUCUACAAAAGCAAGGAGUUGCCAAUCCGUCUCAGCUUCUUCUGGGGAGCAUACAUCUCCACCAACAUCGUCUCCGCGUUCCUCGCUUUCGGAAUCCUGCAUCUCAGAAAAGCUACAGGAUGGGCUGGCUGGCGGUGGCUCUUUGCUCUUGAAGGUGGCCUUACAGCCAUCAUCGGAAUUUUAUCGUGGUUCUAUCUUCCACCAUCCCCAACCCAGACCGCAAGCUGGUUCCGCGGGAAAGAUGGGUGGUUCUCCGAGCGGGAAGAGAAGAUUAUGGUCAAUAGAAUUUUGAGAGAUGACCCUGGCAAGGGAGGAAUGCACAACCGUCAAGGUCUCACCCUGAAGCUCCUAUGGGAAGCCGUCUCCGAUUACGAUCUAUGGCCUGUUUAUCUCCUGGGGUUGACGUGGUCUAUUCCGGCGCAGCCUAUCACGGCAUAUCUAACAUUGAAUCUGAAGGCUCUUGGCUUCGAUACUUUCGAAACGAAUUUGCUUACUGUACCGGCCUGGGUCCUCUUCCUUUUGCAACUGAUAUUCUGGACUUGGGUAUCGGAGAAGAUCAACAACCGAUUCCUGAUUGUUCUCAUGUGCCAGUUCUAUAUGCUGCCAUUGGUUAUAGCUCUGGAGGUCCUACCGGCGAGUGCUAGCCCCUGGGCGUGGUACGCCCUCAGUGCUUUGUUGGUUGGAUACCCCUAUAUUCAUGCCAUCCUAGGUGAGUAA